GCUCCUCCUCCCCCUCCUCCUCUCCUCCCCCUCGGUCCUCCUGCCCGCUCCUCCCUCCUCCUCCUCCGGUCGGCCGGCCACAUUCCCCGCUACCUUUCACCCCUGAGAAACCCCGAUCUGACGGCGAAGCAGCGCGGACAAACCCCGGGACAACAUGGCUUCAGGUGUGACAGUGAACGAUGAGGUCAUCAGGGUGUUCAACGACAUGAAGGUAAGGAAGUCGUCGACCCAGGACGAGGUGAAGAAGAGGAAGAAGGCGGUUCUGUUCUGCUUGAGCGAGGACCGGAAGAAGAUCAUCGUGGAGGAGGGGAAGCAGAUCCUGGUGGGCGACAUCGGAGAGACCGUCGAGGACCCGUACGCCACCUUCGUCAAGCUCCUCCCCCUCAACGACUGCAGAUACGGCCUCUACGAUGCCACCUACGAGACCAAGGAGUCCAAGAAGGAGGACCUGGUCUUCAUCUUCUGGGCUCCAGAGAGCGCUCCGCUGAAGAGCAAGAUGAUCUACGCCAGCUCUAAAGAUGCCAUCAAAAAGAAGUUUACAGGUAUCAAACACGAGUGGCAGGUGAACGGGCUGGACGACAUCCAGGACCGCACCACGCUGGCUGAGAAGCUGGGCGGGAACGUGGUGGUGUCUCUGGAGGGCAAACCGCUGUGAUGUCACGGCGGCGAGCCGAGCGGAGCCAAGCCAACCGCCGUGCCAUCGGACCGAAGCACCUGACCCCACCCGAACACCGCCGCUUCACCCAGCAGCUUGCUCUGUCUGUACCGCGUCCUGAAGGAGUUAGCGUCUUUAGGCCUGUUUUCUUUUUGUUCUUUUUGCUUUUUUCAACAUGAACGAGAUCUCAUUAACAUAAUGAUAUGCAAACCCCGCCCACUCUGUUGCCACAUGACUCUGUUCACCGGCAGAAACACCACAAACCCAGGAAGGUUGUCUCUCUCACAGCCAGAGUUUUGCCAAAAAGUCGAUGUGAAGGAAGCAGCCUGGGUGCGGGGGGCGGAGCUUCUGGGCCCGCCUCCCGCAGCACACGGGUCGCACUCAUGACGCUUUUUACAUAUGACUUUAUUUAUUAUUGUAAACUGUUGUUUCUUCUCCAGUAUGUUCCCCGCAGCCAGUGUUAGACUAUGCAUCGAGAAGACGAUUAUCAGCCAGCACUUUCUGUUCAAACACUACAGGUUGAGUCUGUCACCGAGCUAACGUCUGUUUCCUCCGUUCUCAUUCCUGUCGGACUCACCGUCAUUCUAGCUGUUUGGUUGUCGCCUUACUUUCAGUUCGAAUGUAAACGUCACACCAGAGGUAGUUAGAGGGCACCUUUAUUUUGUAAAGAAACACUACAGCGAGCAGAUUUGACCCCAGCAGUGAGAGAAGACCCACAACAACAACAACAACAAGAACACGACGACAUCUGGAGCCUUAAAGUGGAACGUUGUUUCUGAGAUCACAGGAAGCCACUUUGCAAUAAAAGCCUGUGGCAGAUCUGA